UUUAAAGUUGGUGGAGAUUCGAGAAGAUAUGUAAUAUCACUUUUACUUUGUUAAUUCAUCAAAACACUAAUUUUUUAAUUGUAAUUUCGAAGUUUAUUGAAUAAUGUCACAACUUCUCUUCCGUCUCUCCAAACUCUCUUACCGGAACAAGGAUGUUUUUACACAGAAGAGCAUUCGUUUGUUUUCAACCAGCCCUUAUUUGACACUUGGAUGCCUUUGGGAUGAUGCUUUGCGUUUGGUAGAAGGUAGCAGCCACAUCGGAGGUAUCCUCUUGUUUGAUCCGGCCAAGGAAGAGGUAUUCAAAGUCCUUGGAAAAAUAGUUCCACGAGAGCUAUAUCACUCGACAUUGAUGGGAGCUUCACAAGGAUGGGGUUUUUUCUCUCAAUGGUCCAAUCAUAACUCUGUAUGUAUUAGUGACCAUUUUAAUCCUCUGUCUUCCAGACAAAACACCAAGAUGAUUCCACUGCCUCCACUUACUAGUAUGCUCUAUGGUCAAACUAAAGUGGUCUGGAACAUGGCAAUGUCCUCUUCUCCUCAUGAGGAAGAAGAAGACUGUGUGGUGGCUAUCAAGUUCUUGGGUAGGCAACUUAGCAUGUGCAAGCCUGGUCGUGACCUCGCUUGGACUAACAUACUAAUCCCUUUCGAAUGCGCCGAAAACUCUAACCUCAUGUAUUCAAAGAGAGAUCAGAGGUUUUAUUUGCCUGUCCCUGGAAGCAACUACUUGUGCUCUUGGGAUCUCCACUUCAAUAACAACGACCCUAAGUUCAAUGAGUUGGUGUUUCACAACCUUCCCCAGUUGCCACACUCGGCUUGGGAGGUGUUAGAUUCUUGUUUCAGGGAGGACCAUUGGGUGGAGUCACCUUCCGGUCAAAGUUUCCUAGUCAGAUGGUAUUCAACUGUCCCUUCUCAACGAAGCAACGACCCUAUAGUGAUGGUGUUUAGAGAGGAGGAGGAACAAGCCACAGAAAAUGGAACAAGAAACAUGUGUUACACCGAGGACAUUGGAGAUCUUUGCAUCUUCCUUUCAAAGAGUGAUCCUUUCUGCGUUGUGGCAAGCUCUUGCCCUGGUCUCAAGCCCAACUCUAUCUACUUGAUGGGUCGUUGCUUUGCUGUUUGUGAUCUCACCGCCGGAACUGUUAAACAUUAUUAUCAUUCCAACAGUGCAGAAAAAAACUAUCCUUUCUUACUCCCUUUCUGGCUUCCUCCCUUUUCUAGCUAGUCGGUGGGUUUGCGAGUUCGGAUUGGAUUUGCUAUGAUCUAAAAGUUAAGAUCAUUUUUAUGUUCAUUCUUGACCCUGUUUUUUAAUUUAUGGUUUGUUUCACUUACUCUACAAUAUUUCCCAACAUAUCACAUUACGAUUAGAUCUAUAGAUUCAUUGUAAAA